CCUUCCUGCCGGCGCGCAGCGGUGACGUAUGAAAUCCGUGUCGCUUUCGGCGUGUUGAUCCCCCCAGGGUCCUGCUGAUUGACUGACAGACCCCUGAGCUUCAUGGCCUCCGCUGGUGUGGCCCCCGGGCGUCAGGCGGAGGAUGUGUUGCCGCCGCCGGCCGAGCCGCAGCUUCCAGAGACGAAGCCGCUGCCGCCUUCUCAGCCGCCAACGCCGGUCGCUGCGCCUCAGCCGCAGCAGUCGCCCGCGCCGAGGCCGCAGUCACCUGCGGGCGUGAAAGAGGAGGAGAAUUACUCCUUUUUACCUCUGGUUCACAACAUCAUCAAAUGCAUGGACAAGGACAGCCCCGAUGUUCACCAGGACCUGAACGCCCUAAAGACCAAGUUCCAGGAGGUGCGGAAGGCCAUCGGCAGCAUGCCCGGCAUCCACCUGAGCCCUGAGCAGCAGCAGCAGCAGCUGCACAGCCUCCGGGAGCAAGUUAGGACCAAGAAUGAGCUCCUGCAGAAGUACAAGAGCCUCUGCAUGUUUGAGAUCCCCAAGGACUAGAGCGAAGGCACUGCUAGGAGCCACAGCCUUUCACGUCCCCCACCACCCCCGGUAGAAGCGCUCUCUCGGACCUCAGCUCUGAACCAGGUGGCCAGGCAGGCUGAACGCAGUGGCUCUGGCAGAACCCUCUGUAUAUCCCAUAUGUCUAGGGGCAUAAUAACCACUGCCUGCUGGUGGGAGGAAGGCCAGGGGCUGGGCUCCACUUGCAGCUUUGCAAAACACGGAGGCGAAGAGAGAAGGAGGCAGCAUCCUCUUUGCUUCCUUCCCUCCCUCUCCUCUCACCCCUGGAUGUGAUGAGUGCAUACCAGGUACAUAUCGUUCCCCGUGACAGCAGUUUUAUGAAGCAUUUGCAUAGAACUCAGUGGGCAAAUGAUGCCAGCAUCAGAGUGGUGUGGUUGACUGCGGUAAAGAGCGGCAGCUGUGAGAAUGAGCAUUGCAUUGGAAGACGGCAAGGUGGCUUUUUCCCCCGUUUGUCCCUUUCAUUUGAGCCCUGUCAAGUGUUGGCUGGAGCCUGCAGGCAGCCCUUGUCUCCAGCUUCUCUGCCACCCCAUGUCCUCAGUACCGUUAGCUCUUGCUCCCUUGGUCUCCUGUGGGCAGCCACGUAAUGCCAGAGAAUGGCAGCCCUCACCAGAGCCCGCGAGGCGCCCUUGAGCCGGUGAGCUGCCACUCCCACCCGAGCUAAAACUGCUCUUCAGGUGAGCAGAUCUUGCCCUUCUGGCGUUUCAGAUUCAGGCAGGCCUACUUCAGGGAAUUUUUUCCCCCUUUGGCCUUCUCACUAGAGUGAGCAGCAGACGUUCCGUGCACUGCCACACCAAGAUGCUGGGAUGUGCUUUCUGCUCAGAGAAGUGGCUGGUGAUGUUCUGAGGGACGCAGGCCUGGCAGUCCUCACUACCCCAGCCCUACUCCGGUGUCUGCCAGGCGGGAUGCUUUAUUUAUGUGCCCUUCCCCUGACAGCUUGAGGGAAGAGCACUUCUUUCCCCUGCCUCUUAAGGGGAGGUGAGAAGUAACUGCAUUUUGUUUACAUCUAGAAAUGGACACCUCACCUGUGCCAGCUUAGCAGGUGCCUGCCAACUGACCUCAUUGGCAGGCACAGUGGCCGAGGAGUGUUUGGAAGGACUCCACGGUGUCCCCUUACCUGUUAGGUGGCUGGCGUGGUGGGAGCUCAGAGUGUAGAGUAGGUCAGGCUUCAGUGGCCUUGGGCAGAAGAGCAGGCUCUGAAUGUAAGUGGGCAGUCACUACUUACAGCAUCCCAGCAGCCAUGGGACUGUUACUUAACUGAAUCAGUUAAUUUCUAGAAAUUUCAGAGUAGUGUAUGGGCCAGUUUUAAGGCUCUGACCAAAUACCAUGAAACCUGAAGCACAUGAAGAACAAGACCAUCAGGUUCUGUUUGAGGCUGAGAUGAUGGACAAGGGGCUCCUUGCAGGGGCAGGGGAGACACCUCCACCCCCUAUUUAUACCUGAAAGAACUUAGAAUGGUCUGCUCUCAGGAUGUCUUCGUUUUUGUACUGAGAAGCCCGCAGCAGGAUGUCUGUUGAAAAGCUGACAGGAAAAUGUUUGCUUAGAGUGUACACAGAAUAAAUUGUGAGAACUCUACACGUCUCUUUCCUGCCCCUCUCCCUGCACAUACAUCAGCCAGACCAGUGGAAACACAGGAUCACUCCUCUCCUGGAGCAGCCUGACCACACAGGCAGGUGUCCUUUGGUGGUUUGAGGCAGUUUUUAGGCCUGUGAGCGUCCCCAGAGCAGGGUGACAUCCCCUAGGAGAGUAACCUGGAGUCCCCUCACAGGGCUGAGCACCUCCUGAAGUACCACAUAACGUGGGUUACUGGCAGGCACUGGUGCUAAGUACUUUUUAAUAUCACAGCAGCCCCUGGAAGACAGCAUUCUCUUGACUCUGCAAAUGAAGUAGUUGAGUCUUGGCAGGUGUGGCUUGCUCAAAGUUUGCAGGCAGAGAGAGCGGGGAUGAGAGUCCUAAGCAUGUGCCCUUAGCCACCAAGAGAGGGAAAAAGCAAGGGAGACCUACUGUCCCUUAGGCUGGGGGAGAGGGGGGCUUUGUGAUUUUAACUGUCCCUGGGCCACAUCAAGUCUGGUGACAAGGCCUUUGGCCCUACACUGAGAGGACUCAGAAUACUUUCAGAAAACGAAGCCGUGUGGCUUGACCGACGGAAACAUCAAGCAGUAAAUAAAUGAACUAGAAAGAUUGA